UGUUCGCUGGUGGUGAGGUUGAGGACGCUGGUCUAGCCCGAGAUCAAGGAACUAGGAAGCUGCUGUGCCAGCUGCUCUGAGGCAGCUCUGAGGCGGGUCUAAGGCUUGGCGUGGGCGCCAUCCAGCCUGACUCUGUUGCGGGGCCGGGACGGGGGCUGCAGUGCCCGGGCUCCACCUUCGCACACAGACUCCCUUGGCGGCGGCAGCGCUGAUGGGUCCGAUUCAGGUUCCACACUCAGCAGAACCACUUAUGGACACUGCACUGGGCUCUGUGACCUUUGAGGACGUGGCUGUGUACUUUUCCCAGGAGGAAUGGAGGCUUCUUGAUGAGGCCCAGAGAUUCCUGUACCAUGAUGUCAUGCUGGAGACCUUUGCACUUGUUGUAUCAUUGGUAUUGGCCUACACUUAACGUGUCAUGAGUUCUGCACCUAUCCUCAAAAUAGUCCUUGAACACCAGCUACUCAGUGACAAUCGGAUUUUCCUGGGCCUGGACACAGCUUUCCAUACAGCACACAUGUGUCACCAGCAACCAAGGCCCUGGUGAAAACCGUUCCUGGAGGAGUGAGUUGUGGACCCCAGCUCCUCCGUGUGCUCCACCCCAUCCUUGUGCCUUUUGCCUGGUUGUUGGCAUGGAGCAGAGGUCAAGGAGACACCUUCUGAGCAGAAUGUUUUUGUAGAAGUGCCACGAAUAAAUACUUCAAAGACAAACCUGUCCACCCAGGAGGCCUAUCCCUGGGAGAGGUGUAGCCCAGACUUAGAAGGUGGUUUGCAUCUAGCUGAGGACCUCGGAACAAACCCUGGCCAGAAACUGUGUGGGUCAAGUGUGAAAUUUCACCAGCACAGUGGAAAGAAACUCUUUAGAAGAGAUGUGGGUAAGGCCUUUAUGAACAGCCACAUAGUCCAUGCAUCCAAGAAGUCUUCCACAUGCCAGGAGGCUGGGAAGAAUUUCCCUGGUAGCUCUAGCCUUCUCCAGCACCAGGUCACUCCACAAAAGGACGCCAAAUGUGUGGAAGCCUUUCACAAUGAACAAAGGCACUAUAAGUGCAGUGAAUGUGGUAAAGCCUUCUGCCGCAAGUACAGGCUUGCUCAGCACCAGAGAGUCCACACUGGAGAGAGGCCUUAUGAAUGCAGUGAAUGUGGGAAAACCUUCAGCUAUAAACACAUACUUAUUCAGCACCAGAGAGUCCACACUGGAGAAAGGCCUUAUGAGUGCAGGGAAUGUGGGAAAGCUUUUAGCAACAAACCCACACUUGUUCGGCAUCAGCGAAUUCACACUGGAGAAAGGCCUUAUGAGUGUAGUGAAUGUGGCAAAUUCUUUAGCCAAAGCUCCAGCCUCAGUGAACAUCAGAGAAUUCACACUGGAUCACGGCCUUAUAAAUGCAAUGAAUGUGGAAAAUUCUUUACGUCCAACUCCAACCUAAUUAAACACCGGCGAGUUCACACAGGCACAAGGCCUUAUGAGUGCAGUGAAUGUGGGAAAUUCUUUAUCCAAAGUCCCAGCCUCAUUAAACAUCAGAGAAUCCACACUGGUGAACGGCCAUAUGAAUGCAGUGAAUGUGGGAAACUUUUUAGCCAAAGCUCUACUCUCAUUAAGCACCAGAGAGUUCACACUGGAGUAAGGCCUUAUAAAUGCAUUGAAUGUGGGAAACUUUUUAGCCAAAGCUUUGGCCUCACUCAACACCAGAGAAUUCACACUGGAGAAAGACCAUAUGAGUGCACUGAAUGUGGAGAAUUCUUUAGCCAAAACACCCAACUUACUCAACACCGAAAAGUUCACACUACAGAGAGGCCUCUUGAGUGUAGCAAAUGUGGAAAAGUCUUCAGUCAAAGGUCUGCUCUGACUGAGCACCAGAAACUUCACAGCCCAGACAGACCCUUUGAGUGCAGCGAAUGUAGGAAAGCUUUCAGCCGAAGGUCUAACCUCAUUCGUCACCAGAAAGUUCAUACUGGAGAAAGGCCUUCAAAUGAGAUGAGGAGAGCAGUGAAUGAGCUGUCUCCUUAGUUAAUACAUCAUACUGAAUAGGCUCUGUGAGAGAGUCAUCAACUGGAAGUUGAAUGCCAUACAUCUGAACAGCCCUAGUGUGUAGAUUACCUCUGAGUACCAGGUUCAGAGGAAGCUUUUAAGGAGCUACACUCUACUAUCUAACCUGUGCAGGGCCCUUGCCAGACUAACGUCAGUGUGAGUUUCUGUGGUAAAAAUCAUCUUACCUCUACCAAGUGGCAGUCACCUCAGUGUAAUCAGGGUAGGUAGACCUCUGCUUUCUCGCAUCCUGUGGAGGGAAGCAUGAGUAGCCUGAGCACUUGGGUGUUACCAUUCUCUUGUGUCUAACUGACUAGGCCAUGGACUUAACCAGCUUUGACCAAGGUGACCCAGUCUGGGUUCUGCUGGUGGCUUACAGAGGGUUACCUUUUUCAGUGGCAUUAUUUCAUGUCAUACUCCAGAUGGAUUUUUCUAGCU